AUGAUGAAGCCCUCCUGCCCUCCUUCCUCCCUCCUCUGGCUCUUCCUCCUGCUGGUUGUUGGAUCUCUGCCGCUCCUGUUCUACCUGGAGGACUUCAGCAACCCUGUGCACCUCCUCGCCCCAGGUCAGUGAUGUCACUCAGGUCAACUGGCUGCGGGUCAGUGGGUUAAUUGGUUCCCAUUCUCUUCAUCUUUAUCCUCUCCAGUCCCCUUUCUUUUCAUUCUUCCUCUCUUCGUCUUUCUCCUCAGCUCCACACUUUCAAAGAAAAACUCAAACCCACAUCAGAAAGUUCUUUAUCAGUUGCCUUUUGAACUUCCCUGACUCUGUUGUAAUUGAAGUCAUUACAAAUCUUACUGACACAGUUUUUUCUUCUCUGUUGUUCUUACCUUUUGUUCCUGUAUAUCCUGUCAGUGUGUUUCUGCUCUGACUCUGCAGCAAGUGGUUAUCAUCCUGAGUUCAAUAUUUAAUAAGACUGAGAUCCCUGAUAUUAGCAGGAUGUUUGAAGUACAACCUUAAAUGCAGGGUGUGGUUCGAUAAAACACUGAUGUAGAGGUAAAUGUCAAAUCCUGCAGCCGCUGACAGACUGAACUCAGACAGCUACCAAGUCAAACUGACUGGAAUCCUGUUUGUCUGUAGAAUCUGAGUUUGUGAUAAAAAUCUCCAAACACAUACAGAGGGAAGUGUUUGAGUUUGUAGUGCUUAAAAAAAAAAUAUAUAUAUAUAUAUAUAUAUAUAUAUAUAUAUAUAUAUAUAUAUAUCUAUAUAUAUAUAUAUAUCUAUAUAUAUCUAUCUAUCUAUCUAUCUAUCUAUAUAUAUAUAUAUAUAUAUAUAUAUAUAUAUAUAUAUAUAUAUAUAUAUAUAUAUAUAUAUAUAUAUAUAUAUAUAUAUAUGUUUGUGUGUGUGUGUGUGUGUGUGUAAUAAUAUAGUGUGUUAUAUAUAUGUAACCUCCCUUGAGCAGCUGUCUUAUAUUACCCUCAUGCUCAUGCACAUGAAUGAUAAGACACAACCAGCUCCCGGUGCGGUCUCUAUUUCAUAUUUCAACAUUGGCAACUUUUGCAGGACUGCAGGCAGGCCAGUUUAUCAGUAGGACUCUUCUACUACGGGGCCAUGCUGGUGUAAUCCCUGCAGAAUGUGGUUUGUCUUUGUCUUGCUCAAAUAUGAAGGUCUUCCUCGAAAAAGUCAUUGUGUGGAUGGCAGCAGAUGUUUCAAAGGAGGCUGUGUCCUUGAGUUCCAAAAAGAAUACCCACUUCUGAUUAAUCUUGUGUUUCUGGGCCCUGUUAUAUGUGGAUGCAAUGAUUAAGUGUGUGUCUGCAGAGAGUGAUGGAUCAGCUGUUUCUGUCUGAUAACAUCCUAUUCCUCUGUCAUGUUAAGAAUAACUACUAGAGUCUGUCAGGGACAAAAAUAAGAACUUUUAGUGACAUCGGGGAUUAUGAUACAUUUCAGACAUUUCAGAUGGUUUACCGGCAGCAGGAUCAAUUCAUCACCUUUUUAAUCUUUUAAAUCCAGCUCCCAAAACACAACAUUUAAAAAACAUCUAUAGAGAAGGAAGUAAAUAAACAGCUGCUAAUGUGGUAACUUAUAUUUCUCCUCUGUGUUUCUCAGCAGGUUGGAAGAAGAGGCCGACUAUAGAGAAGGUGAGAUCACACACACUUGGGCCAGAAACCAGUCCUGUAGGAGAGGUUGAGUUUGGGUUUAUUUCUGAAGAGGAUGAGGCUGAGGGCACUGACCCAGAUCGCUAGUUUAAUGAUCACUUAGACGGGAUGAUGGAGGGACGAUCUGAUGCAGCUAUAGAUUUAAACAAAGUUUUUAAGCAAACACCAAACUGAGAGGAAACAAGAAUCAAGUCAGAUUGAUUAACGUGAGAAAUGACCUGUUAUCUGAUAUAAACCAAAUUACUAAAGAUCUGAUCCAUCAGCAGCUUUUUUGUUUUUAACAUGUUAAUAAUAACUUUGGAUCAGAUCUGUUAGAGUCAUUCACAUAAAAACCAGGAUCACGUCUGUCUCCAGAAUAAAAGUGAAAGUUUCUCUGGGUCUGUAGGUGGAUGUGUUUGACUCUGAACCAGCCGACAACAAAACCCUGGAGAUCACAGAUUCCAGCAAUGAGCUGCAGCAGCAGGUGAGGAUCCAUGACUGCAGUCUGUAGAUGCUGCACAUCACAGCAUUUUCAGCAAGUUUCUCUCACUCAGCUCAUAUUUUAUCGGUGUCCACUUCUUUGUUGAAGGGCAACUGUGGAUAACCAUGACCUUGAUGAAUGAGAACCUACAGAGACAUCUUUUUGGUGUCUUAUCUCUAGAAUCAGAGUUAAAUUCUCUCUCUCUGCAGGGGUUCAUUGGAGACUUCCGCCCACAUAAAGACAAAAAUCUGAAAAUCGCCUCGAUCACCAGCAAACCAUCUGGCCAGAGGGAAAAACUGCAGCUGCAGGUGAGGAUGCAAUGCUCAGUAAACCACUUGUUGGCUGUUUGAACCUGUAAUAAGAUCCAAUUAGGUGUCUCGAGACAGAAUGGGGUCAUUUGAGCAGGGUUGGUGUGGGAGCCAAAUAUGUAUGAGUAUGUUGUAUCAUUAUGAGUUGCAGUUUACUUUGUGUGCAUUGGGUGUCGCUGUCUUGUUUUCUGGGGGCUCAGGGAUAAAAGUUGCCCAUAGACUGUAUUUACUAUGGACAACUUGGUUCCGCCUCCCGCAUAUACGGACACCAUCCCUGGUUGUCAGGGCUCUCUCUGAGGUGUUGGCGCGGUACCUGCUGAUGAUGACCGUAAUUGUUCCUGGGUUUUGACCAAUCAGAAUCAAGAGAAUAUUUAGCUUUAGAAACUUCAUAAUGUCUGACUGAUUGAGGAUUUUUCUCAUGUGAUGACUGGGAUCCUGUUUGUCUGUUGAAUCAGUUUACCCGUGCCCCCCGUUCUUUCUUUCUUUCUGUAGGAGGACCUUGUUGACUCUGACCCAGCCGUCAACAAGCUUAUGAACAGACCAUGGCCCUCUGACAGUCCUGCUGGAUGGAAGAAAAAACUGCAGCAGCAGGCAAGGAUCCAGAACUCACGCCACCGCCUGCUGGAUGACGUUUGUUCUGAAUACUACUCUCACCUCUGGGAGAAGCUCCCUUCUAGGCAACACGUGACCCAGAUCUUUGUGGAGGACCGAUCAAAGUUGUUGUACUGUGAGGUGCCAAAAGCCGGCUGCUCCAACUGGAAACGAGUGCUGAUGGUUCUGGCAGGUAAAGCCUCCUCUGUGCUCAACAUCUCUCAUGACACAGUGCAUAAAGCCCCGCACCUGCGACGCCUGAGGUAUUACAAACCUGAGGACUUUCUGGAGAAGUUGAGCAACUACACUAAAAUACUGUUUGUCAGGGACCCCUUUGAGCGGCUGGUGUCUGCAUUUAGAGACAAGUUUGAGAAUUCAGAGAAGCACUACCACUUCAAGUAUGGACGUGCCAUCAUCAGCAGGUACCGCGCCAACGCCUCAGAGGAAAGCCUGACAACCGGGGAUGGUGUCACCUUCAGAGAGUUCGUGCAGUACCUGCUGGACCCACGGCGGCGUCCAGUGGGGUUGGACGUCCACUGGAGGCCUGUUAGCUUGCUGUGUCACCCCUGCCUGAUUCACUACGACUUCAUUGGCAAGUUUGAAAACAUGAAUGGCGAAGCCAACUUCCUGCUGCAGAGCAUCGGAGCACCACCAAAUGUCUGGUACCCCGACUAUAAGGACAGGAACCCACAGGACAAGAGGACGUCCUCUGCCAUCAUGAAGAAAUAUUUCUCCCAGCUGAACGCCACAGAACGGCAGAGAGUCUACGACUUCUACCGCAUGGACCACCUGAUGUUCAACUACUCUAAGCCCCUCCCACACCUGUACUGA